GCAGUGCAAGGGUGGCGCGCACACAUGGAGGACGCGCAUUGCGCUUGGCUUGAGCUACCCGGGCUGGGCCCGGGCUGGGCUUUCUUCGCGAUCCUCGACGGCCACGGUGGGACGAGAGCCGCCCUCUUCGGUGCGCGCCACCUGCCGGGCUACGUGCUCGAGGCGCUGGGCCCAGCGCCCGGCGAGCCCGAGGGCGUGUGCGAAGCACUGCGCCGCGCCUUUCUGAGCGCAGACGCACGCCUGCGCGCGCUCUGGCCCCGCGGCGAGCCGGGAGGCUCCACCGCCUUGGCGUUGCUGGUUUCCCCGCACUUUCUGUACCUGGCGCACUGCGGUGACUCCCGCGCGGUGCUGAGUCGCGCCGGCGCCGUGGCCUUCAUCACCGAAGACCAUCGGCCCCUCCAUCCCCGGGAACGCGAGCGCAUCCAUGACGCGGGCGGCACCAUCAGCCGCCGGCGCCUCGAGGGCUCUCUGGCAGUGUCCCGAGCACUGGGAGACUUUGCCUACAAAGAGGCUCCGGGAAGGCCCCCUGAACUGCAGCUCGUUUCCGCGGAGCCUGAAGUGACCGCCCUGGCACGCCGAGCAGAGGACGAAUUCAUGCUCCUGGCCUCUGAUGGUGUGUGGGACGCCAUGUCUGGCUCUGCCCUGGCGGGACUGGUGGCGUCUCGCCUCUGCUUGGGCUUGGCCCCACAGCUUCUCUGCGCGCAGCUGUUGGACACGUGUCUUUGCAAGGGAAGCCUGGACAACAUGACUUGCAUCCUGGUCUGCUUCCCGGGGGCCCCCAGGCCUUGUGAGGAGGCCAUCAGGAAGGAGCUAGUGCUGGACGCAGCCCUGGGACGCAGGGUUGCAGAGCUGUGUGCCUUUGGCCAGGAGCCCCCCAGCUUGAACACAGUUUUCAGGACUUUGGCCUCUGAGGACAUCCCGGAUUUACCUCCUGGGGGAGGGCUCCACUGCAAAUGGGGCAGAAUGGGGCUGAGAAGCCCACUGGCACCCAUUCAAGCUCUGCCUUGGACUUGGAGGCCUGACAGCUGUCAUCCUUUAGGGACCCUCUGCCCAGCUGGGGCCUCAAUGGAAUUAAGGAAGAAAACUCCCCUUCCCCAGCUAUGCAGACUAGCGGAAGGAAGAGAAACCAAUGGAGGAACCCCAGAAUGUUUAUUUCCCUUUCUCCUACUUCCCUCUCAUAAGACAGAAAGUCUUAUGAGAGAGGGGAAAUUCCGCCGACCAGCUAGACCCAAAAAAAAAAAAACCAAAAAAACCCCAAACCUCAAAACCCCAAAACUAAAUGUCUUUGAAAUAUUUCGAGCUGAAUGGACCCUGAAAAUCACCCAGUUCAAUAACCUUCUCUUCCCUUCCUAUUUUUCAUCUGUUUGGAGGGGAGGUAGGGGAAACUUUUUACAAUUAAAUUUUAAUUACAUAAUUCAAAAUACAUUUUUCUUGUGGAAAAAACCCCGCACACACGAUUUGCCCAGUCAUUUGGCAAAUACGUAUGGGGCAUCUGCUAUGUGCAAGGCCCUGCUCAGGCCAUCAACCUGGCAGACCCACUGAGGUUUCAGCCCCUGGAACCACCUAGUGUGUGGGGUGGAGUGGGGGAGGGACAGCAAACAAGGGAACCCAUAAAUAAGGUCAUCUCAGACACUGACAAGUGUCUCAAGGAAAAUGAAACUGGGAGACCGUGAUAAGAAAAUGUCUUAGGGGAGCUAUGCUGGGUUUUUUACAUUGUUAUUUUUUGAAUGGGUGGUAAGUUCACUUGGUUUGAAAUUCAAAGGGCACGAAACGGUAUACAAUGAAGUCUCUCUCCAUCCCUCACCCACUGCCACUCCAUUUUCCACCUGGGGAUGGUUGCUUUAGACGGGGGUCAGUGAAGACCUCUGAGGAGGGGACAACUGAGCAGGAACCUAACAGAGAACUCGCCAGCCAUGCAAAAACCCCAGGGAAGAGGGUCCCAAGGCAGAAGGAACGGCCAGUGUGAAAGCCUAGAGGCAGGAUUGAACUCAGCAUUUUCAAGAUGAGGCUUGAGAUUAUGACCAUCAGACUCUCCACGAUCCCAUUCUGUGUCCUACUGGUAACCCCUGCAGUGAGUUUGGAGUGGAUUUUUCAAGACCUUUUAUUGGGCAUGUACACACAUGUACAUGGUACCUUAGGUGUCUCCUUGAUUUUUUUCAUACCCUAUGUAUCAUUUGGCAAUUUGUUUCCUUUUACUCAAUACUGUGUUGGAAACUUCUUUCAUGCCAC